CAUGUUAGGCUGUAAUUAGAGGAUCUGGGAGGAGAACUCUCCUGGUGACGCUUUGCUUUUCUUCUGCUCUUGGUGAGAAGUGCCUCCUUCAUCCCCGGAUCAGGACCUCUGCCAUCCAGCACCACAAAGAGACAUUCUGCACACACGCGCUCGAGCGCACACACCCACACCCACACCACAUUCGCCCAGAGACAAACUUAAGGUCAGGAGAAGCCGUAGCUUCACUCCAUCUCCAACUCCCAAGUAAGUGGGACUCGAACGCCUCUGGACUGGAUUUCAGGACAAGUGGAGAAGGGGCUGAGCUACAAGGAUGAAGAGUCUCCUUCUUCUGGUGCUGGUUUCAGUCUGUUGGGCUGAUCACCAUUCAGACAGCUACACUCCGGAUCAAGACAGAGUUAUUCACAUCCAAGCGGAAAAUGGGCCCCGCCUCCUCGUGGAAGCAGAGCAAGCCAAGGUCUUCUCACACAGAGGUGGCAAUGUGACACUGCCCUGCAAAUUCUAUCGAGACCCUACAGCAUUUGGCUCAGGAAUCCACAAAAUCCGCAUUAAGUGGACCAAGCUAACUUCAGAUUACCUCAGGGAGGUGGAUGUCUUCGUUUCCAUGGGAUACCACAAGAAGACCUAUGGCGGAUAUCAGGGUCGAGUGUUUCUGAGGGGAGGCAGUGACAAUGACGCCUCCCUGGUAAUCACAGAUCUCACCCUCGAGGAUUAUGGAAGAUACAAGUGUGAGGUGAUUGAAGGACUAGAAGAUGAUACUGCUGUGGUAGCAUUGGAGUUACAAGGUGUAGUGUUCCCUUACUUUCCACGGCUGGGACGCUACAAUCUGAAUUUUCAUGAGGCACGGCAGGCUUGUCUGGACCAGGAUGCCGUGAUUGCUUCCUUCGACCAGCUGUAUGAUGCCUGGCGGGGUGGGCUGGACUGGUGCAACGCUGGCUGGCUCAGUGACGGAUCUGUGCAGUACCCUAUCACCAAACCACGCGAGCCCUGUGGGGGCCAAAACACAGUGCCUGGCGUCAGGAACUACGGGUUUUGGGACAAAGAUAAAAGCAGAUACGAUGUUUUCUGUUUUACAUCCAACUUCAAUGGCAGAUUUUACUACCUGAUCCACCCCACCAAGCUUACCUACGACGAGGCGGUGCAAGCUUGUCUCAAUGAUGGUGCUCAGAUUGCAAAAGUGGGCCAGAUAUUUGCUGCCUGGAAGCUUCUGGGCUAUGACCGUUGUGAUGCCGGCUGGCUGGCGGAUGGCAGUGUCCGCUACCCGAUUUCUCGGCCAAGAAGGCGCUGCAGCCCUACCGAGGCUGCGGUGCGCUUUGUGGGCUUCCCGGAUAAAAAGCAUAAGCUGUACGGGGUGUAUUGCUUCAGAGCAUACAACUGAAAUGUGCCCUAGAAAGAGUCAGUUCUCGAGUCAAAGGGAACACGUGAAAGAUUCUUUUUGUUUGUUUGUUUCUGUUCUUGUUUUUAAUAUGAACUCAUGCAAGUUACCAAAACUGUGAUAACCCUUUCUCACUUACUGUAAAGAAUCGUUUUCAUAAAGACCAAUUCAUUCAUUUGUUUUGUAAAGCUAUCAGUCAAUGCAUAUUAUAAAUUAAUAUAAGAAUAAGGGAAGCUAAAGAGUGGGCGUCAGAGCCUAACUGUUUUAUGCUACAUCAUCUCAACAAAAUGCCAUUUCACGAACAGGGCAUGCAAUAGUCUGAGGAUAACCAGGAUUGUGUUAAGGAAAAUAAGCAGCAACUUCCACAAGCACAAAUUGUACAUAUUUCUACAACUUUGAAAUAUACUUCACUAAACAAAUUAAUUAGAACCACAAAUUUGAAAUACUGGCUUCUUUACAGAAACUGGGAUUCUGGGAGGUGCAAAAAACUCAGUUUCACAAGGGAACAAUGAACACUUUUUCUAAAAGUUAAUACUUCAAGUCUCCAGUAUACAAAAUAGUUUACUAUUUAAAAUUCUAUCUUUUUGACUAAAAUGAAAAGCAUAUAGACUCAGAUGCAUAAUAAUUAAACCACAGUUAGCACUCCUAGGUCAACCCAUUUAUAUGAAGUAUAGACUUGUAUACACAGAUAAUAUUUUACCAAUGAGAGAUUGCUACCUUCUAAUUAAAAUUACCUAUCAGAAAAAAUGUUCUAUCAUUUUUGAGUAGCUUCACUGAGUUAUAUUUAAAUUCUAAGGGAUCUUUGCUAAGCGGUAUUUAGAAUUUACUCAGGGCAGUUGAAAAGAUAAACUGCUGGACAGAAAACAUAUAAAAUGUAGCAGCUUGAUUUUAUGUUAGCUUAUAAAACACUAUUGUCCUAUAAAAAUAACUUUAUCCUAUUUAAUAUUCCUUUCUUAUUUACAUUACAUAAUGAAAAUCAUCCAAAUGAGUGAGCAGCUCUACACUUGCUUAACUAAGAAAUCGAGACUCAACUUGCAAAAUUGUUGUUCCUGUUUGUACACAAAAUAGAGACCCUAAAUAGGACCUAUGUUUAGGAGGGAAAAGUAAAAACAAAAUGCAGCUUUAAAGAGUCUCUCAAAUAGAAAAUACAGUGACUGUCAGCCUCCUUUCUGGUUAACAUUUGGCAGAAAUAAAAUACAACACUCACACCGAAGACUACAUCAUCAAGCUUUAAAAGAAAAGUCAAGUCCAGGCUCAGAAAAAAGUUUUUCAAUUUUAGCAACUCCAAUCUCAAAUAAAACUUUCUUUUACUGACUGCUGAGACCCCACAGGGACCAAUAUUUGUAUUCAAGUAAUUUUCUGGUUUCCCAUUGUUUCACAGUGAAUUCUGGUGAGUGGGCCUUAGUAUAAUAAUCCAAGUGCAGCAUAGCUGGUGUGUUGCUGUCAAUGUAGAUUCCUCCCAAUGAACGUGAGUAAAUAAAUCUGUUUCCUGAAUUGACUGUGGUUGCAUCUAAAGCUCUAUAAUAACGGUAAUACAUUUUCUCUAUAAAUAUUGAGUUAUGUAUAUGGAAGGUAUAGUGCAGUUGGAAGUCCAUGAAACCAUAACUCUCGUGAUGUAAUAUCUAGAUAAAGUAUGGUAAGUCCACCUAGAUCCUUUCUUUGAGAUGCUUUAGUUUUAGAGCAUGAAGAUGUAGUUUUAAGUUAGGAUACACAAAUUACACAAGACUAUAAAUCCAAAGAGAUGAUGAGGUUUCAUGCAAAUACUCCUGAUUGAACUCAGACUUCUAAGCUGGACACAAGUUAAAGAUAAUGAAUGGUCUAGAAUAUAAAGAGUAUAUUAUUUAAGGAGGAGACUGUGAACACCUUAUGGGCAGGAUUAAGCUCUUUGGAGGAGGACCGUACUUGAAUAAUCAUUACCUAUACUAUAAGAAUUUUGUCUGAAAUGAAAGUAGGAAAAUUUUGUAUUGAAGUGGGUGCAUUCCUUUUAGUUAUCGUCAUAGAACUCCACAUUUAAAUACAGUAGCAUUUCUUAACUUUUGAAUACUUAGUAUAGGAAACGGUGCUGAACAAAAUCUCCAAAGUGACUGUUAGCUGACUUACAUCUGUACCAACUGCAUACCAUUUGUCCAUUCUUGAAAAAAAAAUCCUAGAAUGAACACUGCUGGGCAGAGUUUUUAACUUCUGACUUCCCACAAAGGACCAGAAUUCUGGUGCCUUUGAACUCGUAAUUUAAAAGGGGUCUUUUAAUGUUCUUGUCUCUCUGUUUUAUUCCACUGAAUAUCUGUUUUCAUACUUCAUAUCUCACUAUGGAUGUCUUCAAGAGAAAAGUUCUCCUAGUACAAUUCAGGCAUCACUCUGUAGACUUCAAGAUUCCCAGAGUAUCAAAGGAAGGAGAUUACAAAUAGAUUACAAAAUGUUUUCAUCAUUUUAUCUCAUGGCCCAUAUAAAGAACAAAUUAUAUCUACACGCUUACUAAGACUCCCUCUUUCAUUUGAAAACCCUAAGCCAAAAAGAACAAAGUCAUAUAAAAAUACAAUAUAGGGAUGAAGAUAGGUUGUCAUGUUAACACUGGAAGUCAUCUUUUAAUGACUGCUGCCAUAUUUUGUCACAGCAAUAUUUAGCCAAAUAUAGUAUUCAUAAAUUUAAAUUUUCUUUCAUAAGAAGGGGGCCGGCACCUGGUAGUGUUAUUUUUUGCAGUAAGAUGGUCACUUGCUUUUUUGGCAAUUAAUGAACUCAAAUAAGAUUCCAAUUUGGUUGCUGGCAGCCAUACUAGGUUUCUUGAUUUCAGUACUCCUGAAAACAUGCUUGUGUCAUGGAGUAGCUGACCACUAACGAAGGCAGGAUUAGAAGGGAAUCAAUCAUCAGGUUUGGUUUAGUUUUGUUUCUUGUUUUUUUCUUUUAUUUGCUUGUUUCACAUUGAUUUUGCAUAGAAUACUUAGAGAAAAAUCAGUUGGCAGCCAGACAACUUUUUUGAGAAGUUAAUUGUGUCAUAUCUCAAGAUUGCCAGAACAGCACUGUACAGAAAAAGUUAUGAAUAAUACAGAAGUCAUUAAGUCACAAAUUGGAAGAAAAGUUAAUAUUUAAAUGCAUUUAAUAGCCACUAAGUGCGAGUUUGAGGACAACCAAUCUGUAUUACAAUAAGACUGUUUCUGUAAGAUACAAUGGACUGGUAACAAACAUUAAAAGUCAAUUUUGCUUUA